AUGAGUUUCAUGGAUGAUGCUAUGGAAGUCGAAUAGAAUGAUGUUAAGGUUCAAGAGAUUCAUCAACAGAAUAGAUUCCUGCAUUCUAAGAGAAUGAUUAUAGUGGAUGAGAAAUGCUAAGCAAUCGUUCCUGAUAAGCCAGAGAAGACUUUGGAAAAAUUCAUCAAGCAUGUAAAUUUGAAUUAUUAUGUUAAGAGAUAAAGUUUGAUAUUUCAGACAGAAAAAAUUGAGAAGCUUUAGAACAUUGAUGAUUAUCUACUAUUUGCAUAAUCUUUAAUUUUGAGCUAAGUCGAUGAAUAAACGGCGGAGGAUCCGAAAAAGAAAAGCAAAGGAUUUAGUGGUGAUGGAUUGAUUUUGAGUGGGUUGUCAAUCACUUAAGAAUAAGUUAAUGAAAGAGCUUUAAUGUUUUUAAAGUCGAUGGACUAUAAUAUAAUAAAAGCAAAGUUUUAUUUGUUAUUCCCAAGUUUGUUGGUUUAUAAUCAAUAUAAACAUAGACAUGCAUUGUAAUUCAGCAAUGAAUACAUGAAUGAAAAAAUUGAAUUGUACAUUAGCAAAUUGAAUGAAGAUAAAAUGAUGCAACAAAACAAGUGGAAAUAGGAUCUUAUGGAUAUGAUAAAUAGCAAAUAAAAGGUGCAUUUGGCUCAACUUUAAACAUUGCUAGAACAAGGAUAGUAAUUAAAAUAUGAAGUUCCUGAAUCAAUAAAAUAAAUUCAUUCAACAUCAAUACAAAUAUAAAAAUAAAUAAAUAAAUUAUUAAAGGAAAAAUAAACUUUGGAAAAAUUGCGUCAGCAUUUAGAAAAAUUUGAGGAAUAGAUACCAAUUAUCACUCCAGAAAUAUCAUAGUUAAGAGAACAAGUGUAGAAAUCUGAAACUUUUUAUUAAAAACUUUUGAAGCUUCCUAUACCUGUUGAAGAUAGUGAUAAUUAUGAUGAGAUAUUCGAAAAUCUCAUCUCCAAUUCUCAGUCUCAAAAAGUUCAAUUGAAAAUUCUUGCAAACUAUAAUCAAGAAUACAAACUACUUCCAAUUGAAAUAAAAGCAUUCGAAUCAUUACACAAACGAUUAUACGAAUUUGUAUUGGAUUUAGUUGAAAAGAUUAGUAAAUUUACUAAGAUUUAAUAAACUAAAACUAGAUUAGGAUAAUAUAUCUCCAAUCAAGGAGAAAAAACUGAAAAAAUGACAUUGUCCUAAGCAGGAAUAUUUAAUCAUUAGAUAUUAAAAUUAAUAGUGACUUGUGAUGAUUUUGAUUAUUUUAAUGAAUUAUAUUAAUAAGCUUUGGAAUUGAAUGAAAAAGUUAAAUAAUAAAUAGAUGAUCCUGAAAUGUAAUAAAAAUUACUAGGUGAAGUGUUAGAUUGUCCAUUCUAUUUAGAUGUUCAAGAAAGAUUAUAAAGUAUGAUAGAUUAUUCAUAAAUAUUGGAUUCUAUUAAAUUAAAGAUGUCUGAAAGGUAACAUUAAGUUGCAAAUCAAUAAAUUUAAAUGUUAUUAAGUAGAGGAAUAAUCAACGAUGAAUUGAAACUCCUUUAAACUCAAACAUUAAGGGUCUUAGAAUGGAAUUAAUUAGCAGAUGAAAUUAUAUCUUAUCAUUAAAACAUUUCACUUAUUGAUGUAUAUGAUGAAAAUUUUGAAUUGUAAUAAUAUCCUAAUACUCUUCUUAAUCCAACAUCAGAUAUUAUCAAUUAACUAGAUCCAGAUAAAGUUUAAGAAAUUGAAUCUAUAUCUGAGAGAAUUUAAAUAUGGAAAGAGUAAUUAACUUCAUUAAUUGAUUGUAAGCAGGUAUAAUAAACCAGAAAAAACAACUAAAAUAAAACAUUUUAUAAGUUGUGGGAACUCUUUAAGGAAGGAUUAAGAUACAGAUAGGAAUUAACUUUAAUGACAAAGGUUAGAGACAUCAUCAUAUAGAUUUUAGAUUGGCAUGCUUAAGUCUAUAUGAUUAAAUAAACUUUAAGAGUUAAUGAUGAUUCAAGUUAGUAAAUUGAUGGAAUAGACACUAUAUGUAGAGUAUAUAUUUAAAGGAAUGGUAAUUAACAUACCUAGGACCAAAUCGACAAAUUGCAAAAGUUUCAAUCACCUUUUCUAAGUGGAUCGAAGGAUCUUUAGAUUAUAUAGGCUUUAAUAUAACAUACUGAAAAAUGGAAAAAAGAUGCAAAAGAUGCUAUUCAAACUCAAAACUAAGAAUAGAUAAAGUCUUUAUUAGAUGAGUCUUUGAAAUUGCCAGUUGAUGAAUUAUUGGUCAAAGAACUAUAGAGUUUACAUGCAUCUCAUUAAAAAGUGAAUUGGAUUUUAUCAACUAUUGCUACUUCUGAUCCAUUAUUUGAUUCAAUUUUGUCAGCCCUAAAGAAUGAUGAGUCAGUUAAAUAAUUGAAAGAUGAAAUGUUGACGAUUUUUGCUGAUAAUCCUUAAAAUAAAAAAAAGAAGGAAGGCAUGAAAUUGUCAAAAAUGGCUUAAAAUUUCUUUUUGAAUUUUCAAAAUACAAUUAAUAGCUAUUUAGCAUUAUUGACUCAAUUAGAUGAAAAUAAAUUAAAGAAAUUAUAGCCUAUACGAAUUUAAAGAUUGAAAGAAUACUAAAGAGAAGUUUAAAAUGAUGACUUUAAUAAAUAGAUAGAAGAUUGGAUUUAAUAGUAUCAAUAAUGGUAGAUGCAGAUAACCAAUUUAAAUGAUUAGCAACAAUAAAAGAAAAAGAAAAAGGGAAAAGAUUCAGAAUCUCAACCUGAAACCUAUUCCUUAACGGGCGAUUUACUUUAUUAUUUCAAAGUUCCUGAAUUGCUUUGUCUUGUUCUUUAAGGAAUUGAGAAAAACUAUAUCAGUUAGGAAUUAAUAAGUUCAAUUGAGAAAUUGGUUAUCAUAAAUAGAUAAGCUUAAAUAGCUCUAUCUGUAUUGAGUGUAAAAGAAGUAUCGUAUUACUCUGAAGUCUUUAUGCCAUAAUUUUACGUUAUGGCCAAAAAGUUCAGAGUAAUUAAUAAUUGGAUGCAAAUGGCGUCAGAUAUGAUAAAUGAUAUCCCAAGAUUAAAGAAUAUCAUUAUGAUAUAAAAACUAAAGCCAUUUCUUGAAUAUUUAGAGUAGUUGCAACCUUAAGAAUUUAAAAUGUCCAAAUCUGCCCAAUAACAAUAAUAACAACAAUAACAAUAAUUAUAAUAACAAUAAACUAACUAGCUCUUUAAUUAGUAAUAAAACUAAAUCUCAUAAACCUAAUCUAACAUUAAAAAGAAAGCACAAAAGUCUAUAAAUAAGUUAAAAAAUAAAUCUUAAGAAGAAUCAUAACCUACUUAUGAUCAAGAAAGUCAAUCAUUAAAACAUUCUAAAAGGGUAAAAUAAGUCUCCAAGUUAAUGAGAGAUGAUAACAUUGCAUUUUAUGAUGCCAAUGUUCCAUUAGGAAAAGCCUUUAGAUCUUCACCCAAUGAAUGUAUCAAUUCUGAUCCUGUUAUGUAAGCAUUAAAAAAGCCAAUCAUAUAAAAAAGAGGCUAUAAGAAGGGGUUCAAUAGGAAGGCAUCUCCUAAUUUGGAGGUGGAAUGCAAUAGUUCUAAUUUUUUGGAUUAAGUAAAAAACUCAUCUUAGGAACUAUUGAAUCUUUACAGUUAAGAUGAGAUUUAUUGCACAUGUAGAUAAGGAGGGGAAUCAGCUAUAACAGAAUUCUAAAUCUUAAAAAGUCUACAUGAAAAAAAUGUUGAGCAAUUCUUCAAUUAUCAUACGAAAUUACAAUAGCAAGUUAAAUUUAUGAUAUUUUGUGACAACUGUGAAGAGUGGUAUCAUUAUGAAUGUAUGGGCAUUAAGAAAUAGAGAGAAUAGAAUUAAGAUAAAUACAAUUGCAGAAGUAAUUUUAAUAUAUCAUAUUAGUUUGCCUUAAGAAAAACAAUAUCCCAUUUUUAAUCCUUAAUGAGAAUCUGUGGGAUUAAUACAUUGAUUUAGGAAGUGAUCUAUAUGAAGAUUAUUAAAAACAUAAAUUACAAUUUGAAAAAAAUAUACUUCCUAAUUCAGGAGAAUACAUUUAUGGUCAAUUUUUAUUGCCAACGAUGGAAGAGUUUAAGGAGUUUGUUAGAAUUGGCUAAAAAUUACCUGCUUAAUUGGUUGAACUAGAAUUGCUUGAAUUAUUGGAAUAGAGAGUUGAUGAAUGGAGAAUAAGAUAUGAAGACCAUAAAAAUCUUGAUCUUCCUCAAUUGAUUGCUUUCUAUUCUGAAAGUGAAUGGUUACCAAUUCAAUUACCAUAAUCAAAAAAUUUAUUAUCUCUUAUAAGUCAAAGAGAAUUUUUGAAUACUGCAAAUGAAUUGCUCCAAAGCAAAGCUACAUUCAAGACAAAAUAACUAAAAAAAUAACAAUAGGAGAAAACAGAACAAUUAUAUUUGUAUAUCAAAGACAAAUAUCCAGAGUAACUCUCGGAAAUUGAUCAUUAGAUUGUAAAGACUAUUCAAAUGUUAAGAGUUUAAGCUGAACUUAAUAACUAACUAUAGCAACAAUUAAGAUAGUAAUUAACUUUUGAAUAAUAUGAACAAUUGGCAAACUAAUUUGAAAAAGAAGUUAAACAUCAUAUACUACAAACUGAUAUCAAGUUUUCACUUCCAAAAUUAAAUGAAUUGCGAUAACAAAUUACUAAACUUCAUUAAUGGAAUGCGGAAAUUUUAGCUAUUUUCAAAGAUAUUGACGAUAUUUAUACAUCAAAUGUAUAUUUUUUUCUUUAUUCUUAAGUUAAAUUCUUAGUAUUAAGAUACUAAACCCAAUUUAUCAGAGAUACAAGUAAAACUAAAAGAGUACGAAAUGAUUUCAAUUAAAGUUCCCAACUAAUGUCAUGAGUUUGUAAAAGCACUUUAAGCUAAAGCAGAGGAGUUAAUAUAUAAUAUUGAAUAAAACUUAUCAUAAUUAUCUUAAGACGAAUAGUUUGAAUUAGUUAAAACUGUGUAUUUAUUAAAGUGCAGAAUACCUCAAUUUAAGGAAUUGCUAUUAAACAAGUACUACUUUUCUCAAUUUUUAUAGGAUUCACAAAGAUGUACAAAUGAGAGUUGUUUAAUGGUUGCCUCCACAAAAACCUGGACUUUAUUGA